AUGAAUUUUGGUAAUCAGACUCCAACAAUUGUUGUUCUAAAAGAAGGUACUGAUGCCUCUCAAGGCAGAGGUCAAAUUAUCUCUAAUAUCAAUGCUUGUAUGGCUGUUCAAGAAACUUUAAAGCCAACAUUGGGUCCAUUAGGUUCUGAUAUUUUGAUUGUUUCUUCUAAUCAAAAAACUACCAUAUCUAACGAUGGUGCUACUAUUUUGAAACUAUUAGAUGUUGUUCACCCAGCUGCUAAAACUUUGGUUGAUAUUUCUAGAGCUCAAGACGCUGAAGUUGGUGAUGGGACUACUAGUGUUACUAUCUUAGCUGGUGAAUUUAUGAAGGAAGCUAAGCCUUUCUUAGAAGAAGGUAUUUCACCACAUAUUAUUAUUAAAGGCUAUAGAAAGGCUGUUCAAUUAGCUGUUUCCAAGAUUAAGGAAUUAGCUGUUGAUAUUACCAAUAAUAAAGAACAGAAUAACAGACAGUUAUUAGAACGUUGUGCUAAGACUGCUAUGUCUUCUAAAUUGAUUCACAACAACUCCGAUUUUUUUGUUAAAAUGGUUGUUGAUUCUGUUUUAUCUUUAGAUCAAGAUGAAUUAGAUGAAAAAUUAAUUGGUAUUAAAAAAAUUCCAGGUGGUGCUAUGGAAGAAUCCAUGUUUAUUGAUGGUGUUGCUUUCGAAAAAACAUUUUCAUAUGCUGGGUUUGAACAACAACCAAAAAACUUUAAGAAUCCAAAGAUUGUGAGUUUAAAUAUUGAAUUAGAAUUAAAAGCUGAAAAAGAUAAUGCUGAAGUUAGAGUUGAACAUGUCGAAGACUACCAAGCUAUUGUUGAUGCUGAAUGGCAAAUUAUUUUGACUAAAUUGGAAGAAAUUGAAAAGACAGGUGCUAAUAUUGUCUUAUCUAAAUUACCAAUUGGUGACUUAGCUACGCAAUAUUUUGCUGAUAGAAAUAUAUUUUGUGCCGGUAGGGUAAGUUCAGAUGAUAUGAACCGUGUAAUUCAAGCUGUUGGUGGUUCAGUCCAAUCAACUACAAGUGACAUACAACCAGAACAUUUAGGUACUUGUGAAACUUUUGAAGAAAUUCAAAUUGGUUCUCAUCGUUAUAAUCUAUUCAAGGGUUGCCCAGAAGCUAAGACAUGUACACUAUUAUUAAGAGGUGGUGCUGAACAAGUUAUUGCAGAAGUUGAAAGAUCUUUACAUGAUGCUAUUAUGAUUGUUAAGAGAGCUUUACAAAAUAAAAUUGUUGUGGCAGGUGGUGGUGCUAUUGAAAUGGAAAUUUCAAAAUACCUAAGAGAUUAUUCAAAGACCAUUGCUGGUAAACAACAAUUAAUCAUAAAUGCAUUUGCUAAAGCCUUGGAGAUUAUCCCAAGACAGUUAUGUGAAAAUGCUGGUUUUGAUGGUGUUGAACUUCUAAAUAGAUUAAGAAUGGCUCAUUUCCAAGGUGAAAAGUGGUAUGGUAUAGAUUUCGAAACUGAAAGUAUUGGUGAUAACUAUAAUAAAUUUGUAUGGGAACCAGCACUUGUUAAGAUUAAUGCAUUGAGUAGUGCCACUGAAGCUACAAACUUGAUUUUGUCAAUUGAUGAAACUAUAAAAAAUAAGGAAGGUGAAUCUCCUAACGCUGGUAUGGCUCCACCACCAGGUAGAGGUAGAGGUUUGCCAAUGUAA